UUUCGUGGUAUUGAGAUCCGUUGUAGUAAAUUCUGUCAUGAAUUCUCUCUAUUUUUGUCCAUAUUUAGUCCAAUUAUAGUAGUACUUGAAGCUAGAAUGAUGCUUCCUUCACUUGGUGAAAUCACAAGUCCUAAUGAAUGGCCAGAAUCGCUGCAAGAAAUGCGGAAUAUCGACAAUCUUUUGAGAUGUUCCAUCUGCAAAGAGUUUUUCGAUGUCGCGAUGUUGAUACAGGAAUGCUCUCAUAAUUAUUGUUCACUUUGUAUCAGACAGUCAAUAAACCAUAAAACACAAUGCCCUACUUGUUCAGUGAAAGUUUCUGGAAAUGACUUGAAAAGUAACCGAGUUUUGGAUGAAUUAGUUUUAAAUUUUGUCAAAAUGAGGUCAAAGUUGAUUGCCCUCCUUGCAAACAAAACUGGWAUCCAAGAGGAUAGAAAAAAUGAAAUAUCAGAUGAUAGCGACAGUAUAUUUGAGAAGACUCCAAGUGGAAAGAACUUCCGACGUAGAAAGAAGCAUGGCAAGGGAAAAUCCCCAAGGGUUAAUGCAACACCUAGAAAUAAGAGAAAAAGACAGAAAAUUAUAGAAUCAGACAGUGAUGAUACAGAGACAUACCAACCUGUUAAUGYAUCYRKYAAGAAAGAAUCAUCRAMUUCUGCARCAAAGCCUGGACUAUCUACAUUACCCAAUGACAAUGUGUCAAGCAAUGCUAGCAGUUCAUCAGGAAACCAACCUGAAAGUGCUUCAUCUUUUGUUGAAUGUCCUGUAUGUGGCGAUAUGAUCAGUGACCGUACAAUCAAUAGUCAUCUUGAUAGCUGUUUGACAAGAGAAGAAAAGAAGAGUUCUUUAAGAAGUAAAAUAAUCUCCACACCUGAAGCAAAACCAGAACCAUCAGAAACUGUGGCAUCUUCUUCAGCAUCUUCAACCUUACCACCAGCUAGUGAAUCAUCUUUAUCAACACAAAAUAAGCCAUCUGUAUCUGGUGCCAAUGUAUUCAUCUCCAAUAAACCUAAAAGAAAAACCAUUCCACAGCUUGUAUAUGCACUUCUAUCAGAUAAACAACUGAGAAAAAAGUUGUCAGAGUACAAGUUAUCAACACAAGGGACUAGACAGGCAAUGAUUAAGAGAUAUCAAGAAUUUGUUACAAUUUAUAAUGCACAGUGUGAUGCUAAAAAUCCCAAAACAGCUUCUGUGAUUGUAAAAGAAAUUGAAAUCAGAGAGCGUUCCAAAAAGUUUACCACSACUACUACUGACUCUGUAUUGCAUUCUUUGAAUAAAGACUCCAGUUCAGAAGAAGUAGACAAAGCRCGACAAACAUAUUGUGAGUAG